UCAAAUGAUGAUAUUGUGAGCGGAUCAGCGUCUUCGCUGCCAGCAGCACAACCCUAUGUAUUUGAUAUAGCCGAACCGGAUAUCCGUGUAGCCCCAUCCAAACUUGGCUCAUUCGCCGAUGGCAACACUCCACAUGACAAAAAUUUGCCGAACCGGGAUGCCGAAAUGGCGCAGAACAUACGUGAUGGACGAGUGAUGAAGAAUGAAGAGCCACAAGUUCCAGAGAAUCACGAUGGGGAUGCGAAAUCGGAUGAUUCAAUCCCGACACUUAAACUGCAGUAUGAGUACCAUAAUCCAUUUCAGAUUGAAACGUUACUCAAAGUACCCGGUGUUCAACAAGUGGCUGUUGUCCAGAGUAAUGCAAGAAUAUCCGAGAACGGCCCAAUGAGGGGGCAAGCUUCAAACGAUGGUUUGCUUUCGAAUUCUGUGUUCAUUCCAAAGGCAGUUUGA